CUGUCCUACACACCUUACCAGUUGGUGGCGGCAAUGCACACCCAUAAGUUGUUUGCCAACCGCCAAUAAACAGCAGCCGAAGAAGAAGAAGAAGAAGACGAAGAAGAAGAGGAAGCAGAAGAAGAAUCAAGGCUUGAGCAUUACUACUUCUGGAAUGAAUAGGUUAAACCACGCACCAGGCUCCCCUGAAGCCACUGAGCUGAGGACAAAAUCAAAACUGCGGAAGCUGAUUAAGCAGGAGAUCCACAGGGCAGUGGCAAAACAAGAAACCAAGUUGAAGGAUGUAAUUGAAAAUAUUCAACCGUUGAAUGAAGUCGACUUUGAAAACUCAAUUCAGAAACUGGAGGCUCAAAUUAAUACCAUUUCCAAGCGAGCAGAAGCAGCUCUUUCUUACAUACGAAGGACAGAGAAAAAGAGUCCAGUUCUUAAUGUUGACAUCAUCAGGGGAAACCGGGAGGAUAACGCCAUGGAAGCUCUGGAAACAAAGUCAGAUAAAAACAUAACUGACUGUGCAGCCACAAACGGAGAACUUUUAAAAAUGAUGGAAACAACAGAAAAUGCACUAAAGAGGAUCCAUAUGAAUAAAGAAGCUUUGAUGGCUGUAAUGGCAGAUCCAGAGAGGCCUCCACCAAUUCUCAGCCCUGAAGUGUCUUUGGAAAAGAUGACAUUUGCAGUGGCAACCCGUGAGCAGUCUCCACCAGUUCUCCUUCCUAAUGGCUUUUUAGAGUGGAUGGAGCAGAAGCCCAUUAAACAAGAACCAGAAGGUUACCAGGAUACAGUAAAUUAUAACGACAAGUUUGAACAAUCUGAGCCAAAAGUUAAAAGGUUAAAAGAAGAAAUUUUCCCUCCUGAGCCAGACAGUACCCCCAAGAUCAAAGAGGAAUGGUUGUACUAUCCUCCUCUUCCCGCCACCUCCUUUCCCUCCGCCCUGAGCAUAGAAGCAGCCUCGUACAGCAUCCCUAAGAAGUUAGAUCUAAAAUUGGCCUUCAUCAAGAACCCUACUCUACUUUCUGUGAUGUGGAACGUGAAGGAGAAAGAGCCCUCUGACCCACCUAUGGAAAGUUACACCAUCCUCCUCACGAUGGAAAAAGCGAAAGGGAGUGGUGUCUUCCCAAACUGGUAUACCUACGAUAAACUGGAGGCCAAGGCUCUGCCCAUGUGUGCGCUGAUCAAAAAGUACAAGCCUGGGCACAAAGUGUGUGCUGCCGUGGUGGGCAGAGAUAUGUUUGGUCGGUAUGGACCCUAUAGUGAUGUUUUUACAGCAGUCAUACCGGACUAGCUGGGAAGAAUUUCUCAUCUUCGACUUGGUUGUUGCUACAGAACAGCAUUUAUUUUUUAUAUAUAUAUAUAUAUAUAUAUAUAUAUAUUUUUUUUAUUGUUUUGGAGACACAUUACUGUCUAUUAAAACUAAACGAGGGCCACUGAAGUAUAGCGCAACGUAAACAGUAUUUCCAAAAGAAGGACUGAAUUAAGUGUCCUGUCAUUUCCACUGGAAGCAGUGUUAAUAUUCAAUUUAAGGAUUGUUAGGUGUUAAAUGUUACGUGUUCAGUUUUAAAUUGUUAAGAUGCCUUUUGUUCACAAGUAUGAUGAAGUUCACUGUGAUUUUAGUACACUUUUUAAAAAAUGGAAGUUGACGUUUUAAUGUUUCUUAAAGGAACAAAUGCUUUUUUUUCCUUAAUUUUCUCUCUUUGUCUCGUGUUGCUGUCAUUUGUACAAUAAAACUACUCAGUUCCA